GAAACCGAUUGCUCGAGCUUCGCAAAGAGGGAUGUAGCUGGGCAGGAAGCGGACAGUACAGGAAGCGGACAGUACAGGACACUCACUAGGCAUACUUCGUAGCUGUCAGAAUAUAGCUCAGUGUGUCAGUCACAUCAGAAAUAUUACUUCACGUCAUGGGAGAGAUCAUAUUUGAUCAUAUAAUCACACAGCCUGGAUGUUUUGUGUAACGGAUACAAGAAGACGUGCCUGUAAAAGGAAUUAUUUAUGGUUUGGGAAGGUUUUAUGGGAGUAGCUAGCUAGCAACUUUGCUGGCUCGUCGGAGGACAUUUUGCAAGGAUGCUACGGUGGAUAAGGCAACAGCUGGGCUUUGACCCUCCCCAUCAAAGUGACACCAGAACGGUUUACAUCGCAAACCGCUUUCCUCAACAUGGCCAUUAUGUCCCUCAGCGGUUUGCAGACAACAGAAUCAUAUCAUCCAAGUACACCAUUUGGAAUUUUGUUCCCAAAAACCUGUUUGAACAGUUCAGAAGAAUAGCCAAUUUUUAUUUUCUCAUCAUAUUCCUGGUUCAGCUAAUGAUAGACACCCCCACUUCCCCUGUCACCAGCGGACUUCCUCUGUUCUUUGUCAUCACAGUAACUGCCAUCAAACAGGGCUAUGAGGACUGGCUGAGGCACAAGGCGGACAACGAGGUGAACGGGGCGCCUGUGUUUGUGGUGCGCAGUGGCAGCCUUGUGCAGACCCGCUCAAAGAACAUCCGAGUGGGGGACAUAGUCCGGGUGGCCAAAGAUGAGACGUUCCCAGUGGACCUGGUCCUCUUAUCAUCAGACCGAGCUGAGGGGACAUGUCACAUCACCACCACCAGCCUGGACGGAGAGACUAAUCUAAAGACUCACUACUCUGUGCCGGAGACGUUGGUGUCUCAGUCGGUGUCCAGGCUGGAGGCCCUACAUGCUGUGCUGGAGUGUCAGCAGCCAGAUGCAGAUCUGUAUAGGUUUGUCGGGCGAAUAACGGUAACACAACAAGGAGAAGAGAUUGUAAGACCCCUUGGACCAGAAAACCUACUGCUUCGAGGAGCAAGAUUAAAAAAUACCAAAGAAAUUUUUGGUGUGGCAGUUUACACUGGGAUGGAGUCCAAGAUGGCCCUGAACUACAAGUGCAAAUCCCAGAAGCGCUCUGCAGUGGAGAAGUCCAUGAACACCUUUCUGCUCAUAUACCUGGGCAUCCUGCUGUUUGAGGCGAUCCUCAGCACCAUCCUGAAGUACGCCUGGCAGGCUGAGAACAAAUGGGACGAGCCCUUCUACAACCAGAAGACAGAGCAGGAGAGAAACAGCAGCCAGAUCCUGAAGUUCAUCUCUGAUUUCCUGGCAUUUCUGGUCCUCUACAACUUCAUCAUCCCUAUCUCGCUCUACGUCACUGUGGAGAUGCAGAAGUUCUUGGGCUCGUUUUUCAUUGGCUGGGACUUGGACCUCUAUCACGAGGAGAGCGACCAGAUGGCUCAGGUCAACACAUCCGAUCUGAACGAGGAGCUGGGACAGGUAGAAUACGUAUUUACGGAUAAAACCGGUACCCUGACGGAGAACGAGAUGCUGUUCCGUGAAUGUUCAAUCAACGGUAUCAAAUAUCAGGAAAUCAAUGGAAAGCUUGUACCUGAGGGAAUGACGGAUGACUCGCCUGACCGAUCUGUGCCUCCUCUGAGUCGGGAGGAGUUGCUGUUCCUAAAGGCAGUGUCGCUGUGUCACACAGUGCAGAUCAGCUACGAGCAGCCAGGCGACGGCCCGGGGGAUCCCUUCUCCCACGCAAACGGCUUCUCCUCACAGAUGGAGUACUAUGCCUCCUCGCCGGACGAGAAAGCACUGGUGGAAGCCACGAAAAGGAUGGGGGUAACCUUCAUUGGUAGCCACGGAGAAACUAUGGAAAUAAAAACAUUUGGAAAGCCAGAAAAGUUUAAACUACUCCAUGUACUAGAGUUUGAUGCAAACAGAAGGAGAAUGAGUGUCAUAUUACAGACACCCACAGGGGAAAAAGUACUAUUUACAAAGGGAGCGGAGUCCGCUAUUCUUCCUUUUACUACAAGUGGAGAAAUCAACAAAACAAGAGUACAUGUAGAUGAAUUUGCCUUGAAGGGCCUGCGGACGUUGGUGGUGGCCUGCAGACACUUCAGUGUGGAGGAGUAUGAGGAGGUGGACCAGCGGCUCCACAAGGCCCGCACGGCCCUGCAGCAGAGAGAGGAGAGGCUGGCCGAAGUCUUUAGCUUCAUAGAGAAGGACCUGGAGCUGCUGGGAGCCACUGGGGUGGAAGACAAGCUGCAGGAGAAGGUCCAGGAGACCAUUGAGGCGCUGCGUCUGGCCGGGAUCAAGGUGUGGGUGCUGACCGGGGACAAGCACGAGACAGCGGUCAGUGUCAGCCUCUCCUGCGGCCACUUCCACCGCACCAUGAACAUCCUGGAGCUGGUGCAGCAGAAGUCUGACAACGAGUGUGCCGAGCAGCUCCGACAACUGGCAAGGAGGAUCAAAGAGGACCAUGUGAUCCAACAUGGCCUGGUGGUGGACGGGGCCAGCCUGUCUCUGGCACUGCGGGGGCACGAGAAGCUCUUCAUGGAGGUGUGCAAGAACUGCUCUGCCGUGCUGUGCUGCCGGAUGGCGCCCCUGCAGAAGGCCAAGGUGGUGAGAUUGCUGAAAACAUCUCCAGAGAAACCCAUCACUUUAGCCAUUGGGGAUGGAGCCAAUGAUGUCAGCAUGAUUCAAGAAGCCCAUGUUGGCAUAGGAAUCAUGGGCAAGGAGGGAAGACAAGCAGUACAAAACAGUGACUAUGCAAUAGCGAGGUUUAAAUUCCUUUCCAAAUUGCUGCUUGUCCAUGGCCACUUCUACUACAUUAGAAUAGCAACCCUUGUACAGUACUUUUUUUACAAGAAUGUGUGCUUUAUUACGCCCCAGUUUUUAUACCAGUUCUUCUGUCUGUUUUCACAACAAACUCUGUAUGACAGUGUCUACCUGACACUCUACAACAUCUGUUUCACCUCCCUGCCCAUACUGGUGUACAGCCUGUUUGAGCAACUGGUCCAUCCUCAUGUGCUGCAGAGCAAGCCAGUGCUCUACAGAGACAUCAGCAAGAACUCCCUCCUUUCCUUCAAGACCUUUUUGUACUGGACACUGCUGGGCUUCUGCCACGCAUUUGCCUUCUUCUUUGGUUCCUACAUACUGAUGGGGGAGGACACGUCUCUCAUGGGGAAUGGACAGAUGUUUGGAAACUGGACAUUUGGCACUUUGGUAUUCACAGUAAUGGUCAUCACUGUUACACUGAAGCUGGCCUUGGAGACUCACUUCUGGACGUGGAUGAAUCACUUUGUUACCUGGGGCUCCAUCGCUUUCUACUUCAUCUUCUCCCUUUUUUAUGGGGGAAUCAUCUGGCCUUUCCUCCACACCCAGGACAUGUACUUUGUCUUCGUCCAGUUGCUGUCCAGCGGCUCUGCCUGGUUCGCAAUCAUCAUCAUCAUCAUCACCUGCCUUUUCCCUGACAUCAUCAAGAAGGUGUUCUACAGGCACCUCCAGCCCACCAGCACCCAGAAGUCUCAGCUUAUUGAGGCCAACUACCAGGGCAUCGGCUGCGUGGACUCCAUGUGCUGCUACUCGGAGGGGGAGAACGGGUGCACCCGGCUGGGCCGGAUGGUGGAGCAAGUAAUGGGCCGCUGCGACCCUGCCUGCGCUAACAGAUCGAGGAGCAACUCGGACCCCUUCUAUUCCAACGACCGGAGCAUCUUGACGCUCUCCCCCAUGGAGGCCACUCAUUGCUAAGGUAGCAGAGAGCAGUUGUCCCGCCAGGUGCCCCGUCCCGCCCUGUCCCAUGGCCACACAGAGGGACUACUCACUGCACGGCCCAGGGCUGACCACCUCAGUGGACAGUCAGACUAUAUCUCAAGAGAAGAAUGUUGAAAGCCAUGAGGCUCUGCACCACCACUUUGAGAGAUGCUGCAUUUGCCUAAUAAAAGGGAAUCAGACCAAAGAAGGAUUUGUCAGACUUAAGUGGGGAAAAAACAUGGUCUACUACUUUGCGCCUGUAGGUUAGUGCUGCUCCUGCUUCUCCACCUGAAAGGUCUGCCACCUUUCCUGAGGAAAUUAGGUGGACCUUUUUAAAGCCAUACCUUCCAUUUUUACUACCUGUUUUUUCAAGGUAUGGAAAUGUAAAAGCAGUUAGGUCAGGUCUCUAGUCUUUUUUUUCCUGAAAUGCCUUUUUUGCUCAGAUUUGUUAGCAUUGCGUUUGUUCCGAAAUGUCGACAGGAGAAUGUCCCUAUAAUAGCUUCCUAUGAGAGAUGUGUUGUUCCACCAAUACAGUGCCUUUUGAGAAGUGUAACUUGGUCCCUCCAAAAAUUGUUACCUAAUUUUAACAUAAAAAGCACAUGUUCAACUUUAAAAAAUUACUAUAGUAAGUGCCAAAUAAAGUAUGGGGGGGGGGUCAAUUGUGCAACAGGGAGUGGCAAUUGAAUGCAGGCUUCACAUAUAUACAUAAAAAAUUCUAGCUUCUACAGAUAAGUUUAACACUCAGUUUUCACCACAAAACACCAGAUAAUGGCCCCCCAAAAAUAAAGGAAUAGUUUCACCAUAUUAAAGGGAAAAUCCACUCAAACUGUUUUUAUUUUUUUAUUUAAUUAAUCACUGAUAACAUAAAAUAGUUUUCAGAAAUGCAAAGCAACUAAAAAAGAGAACAUUUACAAUGAUGGUAAAAAUUUGAGAAAUAUUCAGGUUAAGUGGGUUAAAAUCAUCUUAGAGGGUGCAGAGGGACAUGUCUAAAUGCUUAAUUUUGGCACUUUAGCAAGUCUUUAUUCAAAAUAAAAUCAGAUUUAUUGAAUUUUCCAUAUUAAAGGGCACUUCAUUUAAUAUAACAAAUUGGUGCACAAUAUCAAAGGGUCGCAAAAGGCACUCUUUUCGUGGAACAACCCAGAUAUGAAAUAAUAGCUGCCAAGAUGACAUAGCUUUCACAUCUAGUUGUUUUCAAAGCCACAAAUUGUUUUUGUUUGCCUUUCACUAAUCAUUGCCAAUCAUGUUUUCAUUUAUUUUGUUAGUCUUUUCCCCCCUCUUACUAACCACUUGUUAAUGUUUGUAUUUAUUUCCAUCAUAUUACUGGUAAUAGGGCAGGCGAGAGAGCCUCACGGACUGAACGCAACUGCUUUAGCUCUCUGUAUCCUCUUUAGCGGCCUUUAGCCCACAAUAAUGGAAAUGCCUGAGUCAAGAGGGUCAUUGAGACAACCAUUUUAAACUUGCUAUCAAUGACAGUGACAUUAUGCACAUCAGCAUACAUAUUUAUUAGAAUAUUGCCGAGAUAUAAAAUCCCAUGAUUAUGUAUGGUUACUAUUUUUAGCCGUUACAUACCUCUCAGUAGCUUGAAAUGGGAGACACUUGUCCAAGAAGUCAGUGGAGCUUGAUAUUUAUUUGCAUGGUACCAAUAUUCGUAAUUAUAUCUGGCACUACUAUUGAUCUUGGUCAUAUCUGAUGAAGUAUACUUUGAUUGUACUUGUUUGCUACAGUUGUUACUCAGUUUUGAUAUAUAAAUGCAUCUAGUUCAGAUGUCACAUUUCAAUCAAUUUAUGAAGGCAUCUCUACAAGGACAUUGAUGUGAAGCUGUUUUUCUCUUGAUCAUGUUCAUUGAAAAAAGAAAAAAAGGUAUGUUAUUGUACUCCUGUCAGUGAAAUGGUUGAUGUUUAAAGCAAAUUCUAUUUACGGAAUAAAUAUGUUUUUAAAAAGCA